AUGGAUGCCAACUGCCGUAAAACUCCAAUGAAGAAGAAACUCCAUCCUGGUAUUGGCCUUGCCCUGUGUGUGCGUCUACUAAGCCAGGAUGGCCAGCUGCAGCUCUGUCUGGCCUGCAGGAGAAUGCAGAGAGCUGAGGCUGCCCGACAGGCCCUUCUAGUGUCUCACCCUCGAGCUCAAGUUACUCUGCUGCACUUAGAUGUGGGCAACAUGCGCUCUGUGCUCAGGGCUGCUGAGGAGUUCAAGCUGAAGUACAACAGAUUGGACUAUCUGUAUCUCAAUGCUGGAAUCAUGCCUAAUCCCAGAGUAGAUCACAAAGCCUUUUAUAAAGGCCUGUUUUCUAGUAAUGUGGUUUGCAUGUUUGCCACGGGGGAGGGUAUUCUGACCCAGGAAGAUAAGGUCACACCCAUUGGUUUGCAGGAAGUGUUUGCCACUAAUCUUUUUGGUCAUUUCCUUCUGGUAAAGGAACUGGAGCACUUACUGUGUCAGAUGGACCACAAUUCUCUAGUGAUUUGGACAUCCUCCAGUAAUGCCCAGCGAUCAGCUUUUAGUCUAGAUGACAUACAGCAUCAGAAAAGCCGUGAGCCUUACAGCUCCUCGAAAUAUGCGUCUGAUCUACUUAGUUUAGCCCUAAACCGUCACUACAACAACCAGGGUUUGUACUCAUCAGUGAUCUGUCCUGGUAAAGGAACUGGAGCACUUACUGUGUCAGAUGGACCACAAUUCUCUAGUGAUCUAGACAUCCUCCAGUAA